AUGGAACAGGAACUUGAAAUAAUCCGAAAGAGUGGUUCAGUACUGAUAGUGCAGCGGAAGCCUUCAAGUUAUCUUAUUGGUCUUCCAAAAUACGAGGGAGCAGUACUUGACGAUCAUAAAAAUGUUCAGCUUCUAAAGCUGACAAAUGACAGCAAGUAA